AUGACAAUGUUUAAAGAUGAACAGAUAAUUUUCUCAUCAAACUUCAAUAUCACUAAACUCCUAGUCCCUGCUGAUGGUCAGAAAUACUUUCAAGCAGAAUCUUCAGACAUCCCUUCAAUCUUCUUUACCGUAGCAGAUCCAAAAUCUGAAGGAGGCAGCUGCAUCUACGUUCUAGAAGGAUUUGCAGCUUACGAAAUACUGGAAGGAGGGAGAGACUCCACAGCAGAUUAUAGCUUCGAAAAAAACAUUUAUUUCGGUGCCAAAGAUGGUCUUUACAAAUAUCACCCAGACACUUUGUCAGCUAAAAAGUUCGGUCCGUUCACAGACGAUAUUAUUCAAUUACAGAAAGCUAAUGGAAGUGAUACCAUUUAUAUACUCAACGUUGAACGUAAACUCUAUAAAAUAGAAAAAAAUGGGACGGUGAAAACGAGGAUGCAAAGUAUUGGUUGUGCUUUAGAAUUCGUCCUUGAUACUUCCAAUAAUAUCUAUUACGUGUCCUGUGGAGAUAGGAUGCCUCAUAUAGUAAAAAACGACGGCAAUGUCCUAAGUUUAACGGCUAGUGUGAUUGAAGAGUUCAAGGAAAUAAAACUCCUAAGGCCUGCGUUCAUAAUGGAGAAUUGUAUUCCGUUCUUUGGCGAUGGAAACUUGUACAUCUUAUAUUCAAAUGGUACUUAUGAGAAAAAGGAUUUGUUAAUAAAAGAGAAGCCGUCAGCGUUUAGUGUGGAUGCGGCCUUAUAUCUGGUUGCAGCGGUGAAUGGAAAGAUAUAUGAAUUUAAUGUUAUGGAAGUAUUAAUUAGAUCAAUGUUUGGUGUCACGACGGAAUGGCCAAAGGAUGUGACUAAAAUUAUCAUGUCCAUCAUAGAAACGGCGAAAGAUAGUAUAUUUGGAUUCCCUAAAGAUUGA